AUGGCGGGAUCGGGUGUCGAAGACCUGCUGAAGCGUGCUGAGAAGAAGGCGACGUCGUCCGGCGGCUGGUUCUCCUCGAAGAACAGCGGCAAGGAAGAAGCCGUAGAGCUGUACAAGGAGGCGGCGAACAAGCUGCGUGUGGAAAACCGCAUGGAAGAGUCGGGCCAGGUGCUGGUCAAAGCGGCUGAGCUUGAGAUCCAAAUUGGCGAGAAGGAUUUCGCUGCGAACACGUACUAUGAGGCGAGCAAGUGCUUCCGCAUGUCGCGUCCUGACCAGGCUGUGAUGGCACUGGGCCGCUGUGCUGAUAUUCUGGUGGAACGUGGUCGUUUCCGCCAAGCGGCUGAUCGUCAGAAAAACAUGGCGGAGCUGUACCGUGAGGACCCGAACCGCCUUGAUCAGGGACUUGCGGCGUACGAGCGUGCCGCGACGUGGUACCUCCAGGAAGGCGCGACAGCCACAGCCUCGGCAUGCCAGCGUGAAGCUGCGCAAUUGGCUAUUCAGCUGCAGCAGUACCCACGCGCCAUCGAACUGUGGGAGGCCGUGGCAGCGGCAAGCCUUAACAGCAACCUGACUAAGUACAGCGUCAAAGAGUACUACCUCAACGCCGGCCUCUGCUACCUGGCCAUCCCCGAUGUGGGCGCUGCAACACGUGCUAUGGCAUUCUAUGCCCAGCAAGAUCCCGGGUUCCCUUCUACGACUGAGGCGCAGUUCCUGCAUGGUGUGCUAGAGUCGUGUGAGCACAGCGACUUGGACUCGUUCGAUGCUAAAGUGCGCGAUUUUGACCGCAUGAAGCCAGUAACUGGCUGGCGCGCUACCCUGCUACACACGAUUCGCACGCAGCUGGCUGACGGUCCUGAUCUCUCGUAG